GUACUGCAAUUUCCCGAAACAACACGUUUUUUGCGUAAGUGCGAGAGAGAGAGGUGGUGGAAAGCUGGUUAAACAUUCGCAAUCCCGACACACCGCCAAAAAACCCUCGUACCCGGUUUCGAUUUCCAAUGGGUUGCACCUGACCUAGGUUUCCACCUUUCUCUUCCUUCAUAUCUUUGUUCCUUCUUCCCAUUCCUCUUCUCUUCUCGCUGCCAACAAUUCCUCAAUUCUCCCUCCAUCAUACGCCAUGUCCAACAGGGUUUGCAAGUUCUAUGCCCGUGGAGCAUGUUUGAAGGGGGAUCAAUGUGAUUUUGCUCAUGAGAAAAAGGAUGAUAUUUGCAGCUAUUAUAAAAAAGGAUCCUGUGCUUAUGGUAGUAGAUGCAGAUAUAAGCAUGUCAAAGCUUCUCAAGCGUCAUCUUCAGCAAAUGGACGCCAUUCUCCUGUUUUGGAUCCUGUUGUGAAUCAUACCAUUAAAGGAACAUCAAGUUGGGUUCCAAAGGCUGUGAAGUCAUCUUCAUCGGACAAGCGUGCAAGGAGCUCACAACAAAAGAAUCUGCCCUCUCUUGAAAAUGAUGUUGGUCAAUCCAGUACUAGUAGUGUUAUACCAUCUGAACAUUUGUUCUGUGCAUUUGCUGCUGCCAACUGCCCCCUUGAAGAUAAAUGUUCUCGCAUUCAUGGAAAUCAGUGCUUAUACUGUAGAAAAUUUUGCUUACAUCCUACUGAUCGAAAGGAAAAAGAAAACCAUUUGAGAACUUGUGAGAAAAAGGAAAAAUACCUUCAGGCUUUGAAAGAUAGUCAAGAAGUAGAGUGCAAUGUUUGUUUGGAACGUGUUCUGUCCAAACCUAAACCAGCUGAUUGUAGGUUUGGUCUGCUUCCUGAAUGUGACCAUGCUUUCUGUUUAUCCUGUAUCCGCAAUUGGCGUAAUAGUGCCCCAACCUCUGGAAUGGACAUCAGUAAUGCUGGCACUGCUAAUACAGUCAGAACCUGUCCUGUUUGUCGCAAACUAUCAUAUUUUGUCAUUCCAAGUGGUAUUUGGUAUUCUACUAAGGAAGAAAAGCAGGAAAUUAUUGACAACUACAAGGCAAACUGCAAACUAAUUGAUUGCAAGCAUUUUAACUUUGGAAAUGGGAAUUGUCCAUUUGGGGCUAGUUGCUUCUACAAGCAUACAGUGAAGCCCGGCUCUUACACAUGGAUACAUCACAGGCCACCACCUCAACGUAGACAGAACCAUUUUGAUGUGCAUGACAUGUUGAACAUGCUCCAGGAUGUUGACUUAACAAGUGCAGAAUAUUUUUCCAUCAUGAGGGACUCGGACCUUUAUGAUGAUAUGGAUCCAUUCGAGAUGAUGGUAUCUGAUAGGCUUGCUGGUGAUUCAGGUCCUUGUUUAGGUCCUUUUGAUUCUGAUGAGGAGGACUUGGAUAUUUUUCAGAUGGCUGCAUUGUCAGAAGUGCUGGCUUCUGGUGUGGAUGAUUUUGGUCCCGAAGAUUUCGGUGAUGAAGAUUUCAAUCCUAUGGAGGCUGCCUUGUUAUCAAUGAUGAUGCAUUCUAAUAUGGAAGAUGAAGAUGACGACGAUGAUGAAGAAGAAUACAGUGAUGAAGACUACUAGAUUUACUUAGUUCAUAUAAAACCCAUCUAUAGACCAGUUGUUGAGGUAGUUAUCUUUGGCAGUAUGGUAUCCUAUCACUUUGCUUUGAAAAGUAUUGGGGGCAGGAACUUCAAGAUUUAUUCUCGUUUAUUUUGCUUAUACUCAUGCCUAUACCUGGUAUUUGUGAUCAUAUGCCAUUUUGUAUAUUUUCUAAUAUCACGCUAUUGAAGGAGUUUUGGCUUGAGGGUUUUGCUUAGUCUUGUCUCACUGCAUUGCAUGUUUUGAAUUGUGAUUGCGCUAUGUAUAAAUAUGGCUUGUUAUUCUUGGUGU